AUGAAUACAGGUUUUACAUUUCCACCAAGCUCAGGCGAUCAAGAAAACGGCAACUUUAAGUUUCCACCGGUUAACGAUGAUCCAGCGACCAAUGAGACCAAAGAGUCUUUGGAAAGUAGUGCAGAGGUGGAGGGCCUAAUUUCUAACGCAUCUGAAACCACCUCGACCCACCAGCUCCCCAUAGAUGUCCCAUCGCUGGACACUUCUCCAAACAUUAUUAGAUCUUCCACCCCACUAAUGACCCAAAAAAUAGAACAGUUGAGCGAGCCAGUCACAAUAAUAUCGACUAUUGAACCAGAGCAGAUUAGGACAGCGGCCAGCAAAAAGUCUGUGGCUAAUGAAUAUGCUGAAAACAUGCGUCAAAAUAUGGCCACAGACUGGAAGAGCCCGUCUGAGUACGCAUUGCACAUUUUAUUCACAAAAUUUGUACGACAUGCCGAAAGUAAAUUGAAUCUUUGCUUACAGUACCCACUGGACUCCGAACCUCCCAUUGUCGAGUUGUUGGGCGACGGUGUUGAUCAGUCUUUCGACAAGAUAACAGAGUCCCUAGGUUUCAUAUCCAAGAAGAAACCAAAGCCGGUAAUAGACGCAAUGAUGUUUUGGAGGAAGACCAAGUCUGAGGUUGCCGCAGUGGCUGCAGAAAACGUAGAGAGACUAGUCCAAGAAUACGAGAUUCUUAGGCGCAACACAUUCACUCAAGAAGUACCGAAAACAGGAACAAAUGGAACUUUGGCUCAUAAAACGCAUUCUAAAUCCUCAAGCCUGGGUAGCAAAAAAUCACACAGAAGACACAACUCAUCCAAGUCUUAUUCAAGCAGCAAUAGCAGCGCAGACAUGAGACUUAGGGUCAUGGAAGACCAAAUUACCACAGCCAAAGAAACCGCAUUCCAAGCUGACAGGAAAUCUCUCAUCAGCAUUUACAUUCUUUGUCGUGUUCUCAUAGAAAUUGUCAAGCAGGGCUCGGAUACCUCGGACGACGAUUUGAAUGAUAAGUUGGAAGAAAUCGUUUUUACACAGCUAAAAACAACCGAUCCUAUUUCAAUCUCCUCUAGCAUUAUAAAAUCUUCGAAUUGGAAUUCCUUUGCGGAACUGCUAGGCUGGAUGUCAGAAACGAAAUUUGUCACGGUUAGUGACCGAUUUAUCGCCGAUUUAGAAAAGCUGCCACCUUCACUUCCACGCGAACUCGAACCGCCUGUGCAUCUUCUCAUUUUAGGCAUGAGAUACUUGAAGUUAAAGAACUACCCUCUCGAGGCUUUUGAAGAAAGCGCCGAUUUUGUAAAAUCCUUGGCUAAGUUUUUCGUCGCAUGCCAAAACUACUCCAUUCGAUUGGCUUAUGCUGAAGUGAUAAGUCAACUUCUAUUACCGCUAGCUGGAUCUGUGACGGCAGAAGUUAACCACCCAACAUGGGUUGAAGCGAUGCGUCUGAUAUUAGACAACUGCAGAAAAUUUCAAAGUGAUACAAAGUUUUGGGCCAGCUCCUUUAAGUUAAUGGUUUCCGUACUUUGUGUUUCACCUCAAGAGCUCUUCUGUGAGAAGUGGAUGGCACUUUUGGAAAGAAACAUAACUAAAAUUAAGUCAAAGAGCUUGGAGGAGCGCGUCGUUUUCGCCACUGGAUUAUCUCGUUUGACCUGGGUAUACCUUUUUAGAUGCACUGAAACCCUCAAUAAUACCGAGAGACGCCUAAGAAAGCUGUUCACUUUGUUCUUCACGACUAAGAAGAAAGACAAUUGGAUCACUACCGACAUGGAUCUGAUCAAUCCCCUUACGGAUGCCCUUGUAACGAUCGGAUCUCUUCAUUCUUCCUUCAUUAUGGAGAAUGUGAUAACUCCGCUCAUCAAGAUGUCCUUCAAUGGGUCAAACCUUGAGAAUUUGAGUUACGAAAAGUUAAUCCUCGCUAUCGACACCUACAGAGGGCUACUUGUCACAACUGAGCGACCAGAGUUCCCAGAAAAUGACUGCAGAUACAAUGAAGUUAACUUGAACAAAAUCUCAGCCAAAAUGGCAAAUGCUGCGUCCAGUGAUCACGAUGAAGCUUGCAAAUAUUUCGACAAGCUUUUCCUUCUCUUGGAUUCUACCAUAGGAUCAGAGGUUUGGUCUCCGGAAAAUGAACAUCAACGUCAAUCCAGCACAACGUUUGCGGGUAUAUCAUCGUUCAAUUUCGGUUUUUCCAAUGAAAGUGCAAACACUUCAGGCCGUGAGAUGAACGCUGCCUUAUUCGCUGCUAUCAUCGAAACUCUUCCAUGUUGCUUAACUGUCUCUGGAUUAAUACCAUUCAAGUCGUCUAUUGAGAUAUUAGCCAGAAACGCUGUGCACAAAAAUGUGCUCAUCGCUACAAGCUGUCAAAACGCGCUCAAAUCCUUGGCUUUGAAAAGGAACCCUUAUACACUGAUUACUUGGUUUGCAAAGUACUCCUUCGAUUUUGACGAAAAAACUCAGUCCAGCUACAACAUGGCUUAUCUAUCUUCCAUGGAGUACCGCAAACUGCUUGUUCACUACAUCGAGCUUUUGAAGUGUUGGCUUUAUGAGUUCAAAAUCUCCAAAGAAAUCAAGCCUUUGAAAGAAAUAGGUUUAGGAGUUACCCCUGCACCUGCCGCAACCAGUGGUUCUGCAGAGGCCAAGGACAAUGAAAAGUAUGAAUGGAAGAACACCCUGACUGUGAUUGAGGAUGUCGAAGGCAACGGGUUAUUUUUCCUAUGCUCUCAUGAUCCUUUGGUGAGACGUUUAGCAAUUCAAAUUCUGCGCAUUGUUUCCGAGUUUGAUGAAGCCAUGCACGAAAAAACACAUGGACUGGAAAGAACCCACGCUCGUUCGCUAUCCAGAUUUGUUGCAAAAAGUGGUUCUCGCUUGAUAGACUUACUUCAAACGAGCAACUACACCAGCCUUCUUAAUAGUAGAAAGCUUUCUCUCAGUGCCGCCGAAAAAGCCAGACUUGCAAAGUUAACCUCAAGACACAAAGGGGAAAUUCUCAUCAAGCUAGCUGAAUCAGAUUACGGUGUUGAUGCCGCUCUCUGGAUGCGUAUCUUCCCUGGGAUUCUAGGUUUAGUAUUCGAGCGAUCUCCGGUCACAAUGGCUCUUUGCCGAUCACUGGUAUGCAUCCGACUCGUUCAGCUUCAUGAAAUCAUUUUAUCCAUUGCGAAUAAUGGUGAUGGACCGUCGCGAGAAGUAUCUCCUCAAGCUAUCGUAAAUCAGUGGAAACUUUAUUUGAUAGUUGCAUGUUCUUCGCUAACAUCCACCAAUGACCAAAAGCUAUAUAUUCCGACCGUUAGUCACCAACAUGGCAGAAACAAAUCUCAACAAAUCUUCACUGUCCAGCAUCAGAAAAUAAAAUCAGCGACGUCUAUUUUCAAAAUGGUUCUGCCUCUUUUGAAGUGCCGCAAUGCUUUCGUCAAGGAUGCAAUAAUCAUAGGGUUGAGCUCAAUGAAUGUGAACAUUUUCAAGGCUUACUUACAGAGCGUGGACAGGUUUCUCACAUCCUGGCGAAUAGAGAGUUCUUCUAAUGGUAUGAGAAUUGAAAUUUUCCACAUCCUAGCCGUUCUAGCUUCGUUCUUCACAGAUGCUACAGUGCUUGACGACGAAUGGAUAUUGAGGAAAAUUUCUCAAUACCUAAAGGAUGCCAAACAAUUUUUAGAGAUCAAGGAGAUCCAGGAAUCGUUUGAACAUCAGCAGUUACGUUGCUACUUUGCGACGUUAUUAACAAACUACUACUUGGGAGUCAAGAAGCACCUUCUAGUCGAUGAGCUUUUUCCAUUUGAGGCGAGAGCGUCUUGCUUCAACUACUUUAAAGAGUGGUGUGGUUUUGGCCAAUAUAGUGCCAUUUCCACCGACAGGUACAACAAAAUGCGAGAAGCGGGAUACAGCAAGGACCGAGGUGCUUUGUCCACUGCUAUUGAAUUUCAAAGAGCCCGUUUGGAAUUUGUGGCUCUGGACGUAAUGGUGAAUUUGUGUUACGACUCCAUCACGAAGACAAUGAAUGACAUUCCGGGAUCGCCAAUUUUCAUUUCGUUCGAUAUAUCCGGUCUCGUGUGUUGGAUAGAUUCUUUAUUCAAUGCCAGUGACGAGAGAGUCCGGGCUUUGGGUACUUCUGCUUUGAGAGGAUUGCUAGAGAACAACCAGGAAAACUACCAGCUUCACAACGAAACUUUAAUGCAAUACUCACUUCAUAAUUUGGAUACGCGCGUUGCCACCCUUUACUACACCGCAGUCUGCGAUUCCCUGCUCAAAAUGGAGUCUUUUAUUUUACCAGAAGAUGACAUCGUGCUUCUUGGACUGAGUGGGCUCUAUAAUGAAAGCAACGAAAUUCGGUCCUACUCCAUCGACAUCCUGUCCACCGUUGAGACUAAAAUUUAUCAGUCUUCAUAUACUAAAGUUUUCAAAGAGCGUUUGGCAAACGAUUCUAAGACGGUUUACAAAUCUACCGCCAAGGAAAUCUCCACCAUCUUCGCUGAACUACCGUCACUUGAAACUCGGCUCAAAAUCUUUUCGAAAAUGUGUCGGAAUAUCAAUUUCCUCAAGUCAGAAUUGAAACAAGAUAUGUUCACUCUGCUCGUGCCAUGGGUACACAAGUUCAUACUAAAAAAUUUACAAGACUCUGGCACUUUCAUGGUUUUGAAUAACUUGUUUGCUAUAACGGUGGAACAUAAUAACAGGUAUCCAAUGGAAAUUGAACAACUUUGGAUCUUCCUCGGUAAAGGGAAUGGCUUCCAAAACAUUCAUGUGGCGAUGGACUAUAUUCUGCAAACUUCAAUCUCUUCAAGAAAUCCACAAUUUGUCAGGAGGGCCAAAGACGUUGUUCUUUAUCUGGCGAAUGUUCCCAGUGGAAUGGGCCUCAUAGACUCAUUUAUGAACAAUCUCGAGCCCAAACACAUGGUUCCUGAACUCUCACACCCUAAGAUCGAAAUGCCGGCAGGCGAGCAGUAUGCGUUUGUGGCUAACAUAUGGAACCUUCUCGCAUAUCGGGGAAAGGACGUUGUCUUUUCUAAAACGCAGCUUUCUGUAAUAUAUCUGGUUAACCUGCUUACAAUACCAAACGACUCCAUCAAAUCCAAAGUUCCACGUCUGCUUCAUAUUUGCUUUUCUCUCUUGGAUCAUUAUGUUCCUAUCGUUCAUGAAAGUGCGGCGAAGAUAUUAUCUGACUUGAUCUUUGGUCUCGUACCCACCCAUGAGAAAGCGGAAGAGACGGUUACUUUAAUAAAAGAUCGGAAUAAGAUUUGGGCUUACGACAAUCUUGUCAAAGACAAAAAUGGCGCGCGCUCUCCCAAGACAAUGGACUCUUUAGUGAGAAAUGUUGUACAGCUCUUCUCCUCUUUCGAAAAAAUACAGGUGGAUUGGCAAAACAUUGCCCUCACAUGGGCUACAACGUGUUCUGUUCGGCAUGUCGCCUGUCGUUCCUUCCAGGUUUUCAGAUCUUUGCUGACGUUUCUUGAUAAACAGAUGCUUCGAGAUAUGCUUCAUAGGUUGUCGAACACAAUAUCGGACGAAAAUAAUGAAAUUCAAGGGUUUGCGAUGCAAAUUUUAAUGACAUUAAAUGCAGUCACCGCUGAACUGAGCCCGGCUAAACUGAUAGAUUUCCCGCAAAUGUUUUGGGCGCUGGUGGCUUGUUUAAGUAGUGUUCAUGAGCAGGAGUUUGUGGAAGUGCUUUCGAGUUUAACCAAGUUCGUAUCGAAAAUCGAUCUGGACUCGCCGGACACCGUCCAAUGCUUAGUUGCGACUUUCCCAUCAUCCUGGGAGGGUAAAUUCGAUGGAUUGCAACAAACGAUAAUGGGAGGCUUGCGCUCACAGAAUUCUUGGGACGUUUCUUUAGGGUUUCUUGAUCGUUUAAACCUUUUCCGAGAUAGCAAGAUUAUUGCGAAUAGCGAAUCGAGAAUACUGUUUGCAUUGCUCGCAAACCUGCCCCGGUUCCUUCACGCAAUGGAAGAAGGCGAAUUUGAUGAAGGCGUAAAGAAAGCUGCAGAGUCACUGAUUAAUCUUGCUGAUAGUAAGGGCCAGCCCUCUUUAGCUCGGCUUGUCGAUUCUUUGUCAAAAAAUAAGUUCCGAUCGAAGAGGGACUUCUUAAGUCAGGUUGUGAGUUUCAUCUCCCGGGUUUACUUCCCUGACUACUCAGCGCAGGCGCUGGUGUUCUUAAUGGGACUUCUUUUCAAUAAAAUCGACUGGGUGAAGACAGAAACCUUACAGAUAUUGAAAAAUAUAGUUCCAUUGAUAGAUUUGAGUCGCCCUGAAUUCACAGGCGUUGGGGCAGAUCUCAUUUCACCACUUCUAAGACUACUGUUAACUGAGCACGAGACUCAAGCCCUGGAAGUGUUGAACUCUGUUCGUAAUGUUUCCGGUAGCAAAAUGGAUAAAGAUGUUCUGCGAAUAAGUAUGGGAAACAAGGACGCUAAAAUUUCUUAUAGCAGAACAGCAACUUUAUUUGGUAUUCCAGAAGAAAGCGGGUGGUCCGUGCCCAUGCCAACGAUGACAGCAGCCACCACGAGGCACAAUGUUCACGCAGUUUUCACGACAUGCUCGGAUAGCUCUUCCGAUGAUGCUGUCUAUCAGGAGCCUAACGAAAUGGUCGAUGUACUUCAGUUUCACGCGGAUGGUGGCUAUGCAGCAGCCGCAGCUGUGGAGGCCAAUGAUACGACGUCUGUAUUGGAGGAUAAAGAUGGAUCUUUAAGUCAUAUGUGGGCAGAACUAGAUAAUCUCGAUACCUUCUUCACCACUGAAGUGGGAAAUCAUGAUGCUGGGUUUAAACCUACAAUGUUUGAACACGCUCACUCCAAUUCAGGUGACACAGUCCGAAUCGAUAAUCCUCACAACCUUGAGUCGGCACCCCAAUUGUAUGAUAAAAAGGUUUCGGUGAUCCUCAAUCACAGCUUGACGAGAACCCCAUCCAAUGUUUCUUUCAAGACAAAUUUAGCAGACUCUUUUGGCACCAACAUGCACGGGGGUCCUCAUGUUCUCACCGACAACAACAACAUGCACAUUAGUCGAGCGGGUGCCGGUGCGACGAGACCUAACUCUGUAGGACCUUUUCAACCAGUGAAAUCCGCCUCCAGAAUAGCUCAGAUCUCAUCGCAUCCUGCCUUGGAUUCUACGUCACCCACAAAAUUAAAAGGUGUCGAUAAUCAGGAACACCUUUUCAGAUUCGAAGGAAUACUGAGGAACCCAAAUAGAAAUAAAAAGAUGUGGCAAAAACAGCAACAUCAGCAGCAGCAAUUGCUUGCUCAGACAUUCCGAGAAGAGUCCAACGGCUAUCAAUACGAACGGGGCUCUUCUGGGGAUCUUUCUUCUCAUAUGGGAAUGAUCAAGAGCCCUCCUCUGUCGCCAGCAGCGGUACAAAACGGUAAACCUGCAUUACCUGCUGUGAAAGAAACGUCCAAACAAAAAGGUUCGCAAGUAAAACCGAAAAACGUGAAGCAUCACUAUCAUCUUCCGCAUUUUCCAGGGCGACUAUCGGACGGGAAACUAACUCCGCCACUUUCAAGCUCUUCGGCUGCAUUCUCAAUCCGUUCAACUCCUUCUCCCAGACCAAACAAGUCUUCGGCCCCUACUCCACUGAUGACUCCGCAAAAUCAUAUGUCCAGAACCGUUAAGUCCUUCCAUGGUAAAUCGCGAAUUGGAUCAGGGUUAGAGAAUACGAGCUUCAACCAGGAAACCCCAGUCCAAAGAUUAAUGCAGGGCAGAAAUUUGGAAGAUGAUUUACUGAUUGAAAAGCAGCUCCUUUCAUUACAGGACGAGUUGCAAAAUAGAUCGUCAAGUGGCGAUGUUAAUUCCAGGUGA